CAUUGCUUAUUUGUCUACGUCAGUCUACGUUUAUUGUUUUUCAUCAAACAGUCCUACUUGACAUUGUCGCAUAGCUACCGCGAGGCUACGUCGCUAAAUCGUGUCGUUUUCUAAGACGAGAAAACGUUAAAAUUAUUAUAAAAUAAGUGUUUUGUACAAAAAAAUGUGCUAUACAUAUGUUGACGGUGUAAUUCAGUACAGGUGAAGCACGCGCUUAAAGUGUCAUAUUGAAACGUGGUGGUCGUGUGGCUAGGUAAGCGUACUUUUAGAUUGACGAGCAAGUGUUGUGUGAAGUGGCUCGGUUGGGCGCGGGCAGACUUCAGCCAUGGCGGAGGCCGAGGCGCCCGGAAACAUUGUAAAAGAGGGCUGGUUGCAAAAGCGUGGGGAACACAUCCGCAAUUGGCGAGAUCGCUAUUUCAUUCUGUUUGACAAUGGUGACUUAGUUGGGUUCAAAACACAGCCAGAGCGCAAUAACUACCGCGACCCUCUGAACAAGUUCACAGUGCGAGACUGCCAGAUCAUGGCCGUGGACAAGCCGCGGCCGCACACCUUUACAAUCCGCGGCCUGCAAUGGACCACCGUCAUCGAGCGCAACUUCUCCGUCGACACCGACAGGGAACGAGAGGAGUGGGUUGCCGCCAUCCGGUACGUGGCGUCGCAGCUGAGCGGUGCGGGGAGCGCGACGGGUGCGACGGGCGCGGUGGGAGCAGGGGGUGCGACGGGCGCGGGGGGCGCAGCGGGCGAUGCGGACACCGACGACUGCGACAUCGCGCAGCUGGGCACCAGCUUCCGCGACCCCCGGCGCAUCACCCUGGAAAAGUUCGAAUUCGUGAAAGUACUCGGGAAGGGCACGUUCGGGAAGGUGGUUCUGAGCCGCGAGAAGGGCACCGGGAAGCUGUACGCCAUGAAAAUCCUCAAAAAGCACCUCAUCAUCCAGAAAGACGAGGUCGCGCACACUAUCACCGAGAACCACGUGCUCAAGAAGACCAAGCAUCCGUUCCUCACGGCGCUGCGCUACUCAUUCCAGACGGCGGACCGCGUGUGCUUCGUGAUGGAGUACGCGAACGGCGGCGAGCUGUUCUUCCACCUGUCGCGGGAGCGCGCGUUCUCCGAGGAGCGCACGCGCUUCUACGGCGCGGAGAUCGUGUCCGCGCUCGGCUACCUGCACGCCGAGGGCAUCAUCUACCGCGACCUCAAGCUGGAGAACCUGCUGCUCGACAAGGACGGCCACAUCAAGAUCGCCGACUUCGGCCUCUGCAAGGUGAACAUCACGUACGGCCGCACCACCAAGACCUUCUGCGGCACGCCCGAGUACCUCGCGCCAGAGGUGCUCGAGGACCUCGACUACGGGCCCGCCGUCGACUGGUGGGGCACGGGCGUGGUGCUGUACGAGAUGGCGUGCGGCCGUCUGCCCUUCUACAACCGCGACCACGAGGUGCUCUUCUCCCUCAUCCUCAGCGAGGAGGUGCGGUUCCCGCGCACGCUGUCUGCGGAGUGCCGCGCGCUGCUCAGCGGCCUGCUCAACAAGGAGCCCGCCAAGCGGCUGGGCGCCGGGCCCGACGACGCGCUCGACAUCAUGCAUCACUCCUUCUUCGCCUCCAUCAACUGGGCCGACCUCGUCGCCAAGAAGAUUCCGCCGCCGUUUAAACCGCAGGUGGAGUCGGAGACGGACACACGCUACUUCGACUCUGAGUUCACGGGCGAGUCCGUGGAGCUAACGCCGCCCGAGAACGAGCCCGGCCUGGCGCGCAUCCAGGAGGAGCACUUCCCCCAGUUCUCGUACCAGGUGCGUGCUGACCGCCGGCCCCUGUUCUAA